GUACGCAGACCACCAUUUUUUUCACCAUGCAAAGUACCCUGAACUAUUUUUGGAAAACAGAAGAUGUUCUGGGUCAAGGUGCCACCGCCAGCGUAUACAAAGCUCGCAACAAGAAAUCGGGAGAACUGGUUGCUGUCAAGGUCUUCAAUAAUGCCAGUUAUUUGAGACCUCAGGAGGUGCAGAUAAGAGAGUUUGAGGUGCUGAGGAAGUUAAACCACCAGAACAUCGUCAAACACUUUGCUGUAGAAGAGAUUAUACAGGAGACCAGUAAACAGAAGGUCCUAGUAAUGGAGUACUGCUCAGAUGGGAGCUUGCUGAGCCUGUUAGAAGAACCAGAAAAUGCCUUUGGGUUAUCAGAAGCAGAAUUCCUCAUAGUGUUAUGCUGUGUGGUAGCUGGCAUGAAUCAUCUGCAUGAAAAUGGGGUGGUCCACAGAGAUAUCAAGCCAGGAAACAUCAUGAGACAAACAGGAGAAGAUGGGCAGAGUAUAUACAAAUUGACUGAUUUUGGGGCUGCCCGAGAACUGGAUGAUGAUGAAAAGUUUGAAUCAGUUUAUGGGACAGAAGAAUAUCUUCACCCAGAUAUGUAUAAGCAAGCAGUGCUGAAGAAGCCCCAUCUAAAGUCUUAUGGAGUGACUGCAGAUUUGUGGAGUAUUGGGGUAACAUUUUACCAUGCAGCCACAGGCCAUCUCCCAUUUAUCCCUUUUGGGGGACCUCGCGAGAACAAGGAAAUCAUGUACAAAAUAACAACGGAGAAACCUUCUGGAGCCAUAGCUGGCAUCCAAGAGCAAGCGAAUGGGGCCAUUGUGUGGUCUUAUGAACUCCCAAUUGCCUGCCGCCUUUCCCUUGGUUUGAAGCGUCAGCUUGUACCAAUUCUUGCAAACAUCUUAGAAGCAAAUCAAGUAGAAUGCUGGGGAUUUGAUCAGUUUUUUGCUGAAACCAGUGACAUCCUACACAGAACAAUAAUCUAUGUCUUCUCUUUGCCACAAGCUGCCAUGCAUUGGAUCUACAUCCACUCCUAUAAUAGAGCAACCAUAUUUUUGGAAGAAGUCUUCAGACAAACAAACAUAGCCCCCUAUCACCAAGAAUAUUUCUUUGAGGGCCAACUAUUUGAACUGGAGCCUAACCUGCAGGCUCAACAUUUCCCCAAGACCACAGAAAAUUGCCCUCUGAUCAUGUUCAGCACAGAAACAGAGGAGCCAACAGAACUGAGAUACCAAGAUCCAUCUUUGGAAUUCCUCAAAUUCCUCCCCAUAGUUGAUGUCCUAGCAGAUUGCAGCACAGCAAAGGAUGUCUUAACAGCAACUCACCAGAUCUUGAGGUUAUGUCAUUCAUUUCUGCAGUUUCAAGAGCUCAAUGUCAGAGGUCUGUAUUGGAUAAGUGGGAGCCUGAAAGUGGAAUGCCUGCAGAUUCUAGAGAAGAAAGAAACCAUGGUCGCCACACUUCAUUGCUUGCAGCAAGAAGAGGUGACGGUCCUGGGGCUGUAUGAGACUGCUGUUGAAGAUGGCGAGCUUCCAGAGAUGAAAACUCUGUCUGAAGUGAAAGCAAGGCUUCAAGCUGUUAGUGAAGAGAUUUCUAGAUGUGCCUGUAGCAUCCCUGAACACCAAGCCACGGUACAGUGCAUUUUAUCUGAAGUGGGAAAGAAACAGACUCAAAUGAAAGACGACAGAAGCAUUCAAAAGAUGGAGGCCUGCCUUGACAAGAUGCAGCACAUUUACAACCAGUUCAAAAAGACUUGGAAAUGCCCUUGUCUAGGCUCCAAUGAACAGCAGAUUCACAAGUUAGAUAAGGUGGAUAUAGGACAUUUAGCCAAAAAAGUUAUUUCAGUAUUCCAGGAUCAUUGUUUACUGCAAUAUCAAGCUGCUCUUUCAGCACAUGGAAGUAGAAUGAGGAAAGCAUUUGAGAUAAGGAAGCAUCUGAAGAUUCUGAACAGAUCUUUAACUGCUUGUAAUGCAGAAAUGUUGGGAUGCCAGCAGUGCCUCAAUAAAGCUUUGGAUAUGUUGCCUCAAAGACUGCUUCAGAGCAAAAUUAUAUCUUCCACAUCUACACAAGGUUACUUUAACCAGAAACAUCAAGAUAUGGUAUAUGGAAUGCGAGAGCUUCAGGAGCAGAUGAAGAUGGUAGCUUACAGUCUCCAGGCCAACAAUAGCAUCAUCCAGCAGUUAAACUCUGUUGCACCAGGCCUUUUGGAGAGAAAAUACUUUGCAGAUACUGAAACAGUGUUGUAAUGUGGGCAAAUCAGCAUCCUCUAAGACUUGAGAAGAUAACCUCAACCUCCUUAAAAAUGCUCAUGUAUUCUAUCUCCAUGUUUAGCACUUUGGCAUGGCUGUCAGCUGAGUCAACUAAUGUGACUGGUAGCCAAUAAUAUGUUUUUCAAAGGUAUUGUACACUUAUUCUGGUGGAUUAUUUCAGUGGAAAUAGAAAUACUGUUCUCUUGGUUCACUGAGAUCUGGUGGUUUCAGAGCAUCUCAGUAGACACU